AGUCCAUCCUCCCUAUUUUUACUGUGGCUAAUCUCUUUCACAUACACAACACGCACUCUUGUCUCUCUUUCUUCCUCCUUCCCCGCGGUGUGACCCCUAUCUUUCAUUCUCUCAACUCUCCUCUGGGGUCGCCCAAUCGCAAAUUUCCGCAAAAACCCUUAUCAAGGAAACCCUCAAUUGCAGAGUUUACCCAAAACCCCAUCAAUUUUCUUAAUCAGAAACCUAAUUGAAGGAGAAUUGCUUCAUCAAUGGCCGCGCCGGAGCUAGCUCAAACCGAUCCGGAGGGAAUUGAAGGAGUCCGGAUGACAUGGCUUAACUGGCCGCGAUCCAAGGUGGAGGCCUCGAAGUGCGUGAUCCCGAUCGCAGCCUCGAUUCAGCCGAUCCGCCCACACGUGGAUCUGCAGAUCCUUCCUUACCCUCCUCUCCGAUGCAAGACGUGCUCGGCUGUGUUAAACCCAUUUUGCCGCGUUGAUUUCACCGCCCUCAUAUGGAUCUGUCCCUUCUGCUUUCAAAGAAACCAUUUUCCGCAGCAUUAUUCAUCGAUUUCGCAAACGAAUGUGCCUGCCGAAUUGUACCCUAAUUUUCCCUCAAUUGAAUACUCAAUCCCAAAUUACCAGAAUCCGCAGAAUUACAACCCUGCUGUGGCUCCUUCUCCGAUUUAUUUGUUUGUUUUAGAUACGUGCAUGAUCGAGGAGGAGUUGGAGUUUGCUAAAUCGGCACUGAAACGGGCCAUUGGAAUGCUUCCCGAUAAUGCCAUGGUUGGGUUUAUUUCGUAUGGUACACAGGUCCAAGUGCAUGAAUUGGGGUUCUCAGAGAUGUCAAAGGUUUAUGUUUUUAGGGGAUCGAAGGAGCUGUCAAGAGAUCAGGUCUUGGAGCAGUUGGGUCUUGGUGUUUCUGGUGGUAGACGAGCCGGUCCGGGUAUCCAAAAGGGUGGUGCUGGACCUAGCCCGACGGCUGGGGCUGGUCCCAAUACAGGGAUUAACCGGUUUCUGUUACCAGCUUCUGAAUGUGAAUAUACACUAAAUUCGUUGUUGGACGAAUUAGCCACAGAUCAAUGGCCAGUGACACCAGGGAACAGGGCAUUGAGGUGUACAGGAGUUGCACUGAGUGUUGCAGCUGGUUUACUUGGGGCAUCUACAGCAGGAACUGGUGCACGGAUUAUUGCUUUAGUGGGGGGUCCAUGCACAGAAGGUCCUGGAGCGAUCGUAUCAAAAGAUUUGUCUGAUCCAGUCCGUUCACACAAGGAUCUUGACAAGGAUGCAGCACCAUUUUUUAAAAAAGCAGUCCAUUUCUUUGAUGAACUUGGGAAACAGUUGGUUAGCCAGGGCCAUGUGUUGGAUGUCUUUGCCUCUGCACUUGACCAGGUUGGCAUUGCUGAGAUGAAGGUUGCCAUUGAAAAAACUGGUGGACUUGUUGUUUUGGCUGAAAGUUUUGGCCACUCUGUUUUCAAGGAUUCUUUCAAGCGCAUUUUUGAAGAUGGUGAACAGUCUCUCGGGCUUUCUUUCAAUGGCACCCUGGAGAUUAACUGCUCAAAGGAUAUAAAAGUCCAAGGAAUCAUUGGGCCAUGCACAUCAUUGGAGAAGAAAGGGCCUGCUGUUGCUAACACAGUUAUAGGACAGGGGAAUACUACAGCUUGGAAGAUGUGUGGCCUUGACAAAAAUACUUGCUUAACUGUUUUCUUUGAUGUUUCUUCAAGUGAAAAGUCUGAUCCUGCAGGGUCGAAUCCCCAAUUAUACAUACAAUUCCUCACAAGUUACCAGAGCCCUGAUGGCCAGAUGCGCCUGAGAGUCACAACUGUUACUAGACGAUGGGUGGAUAGUACUUUGGGCAACGAGGAUUUAAUUCAAGGAUUUGAUCAAGAAGUUGCCGCUGUAGUAAUGGCUAGACUAGCUUCUUAUAAAAUGGAGAUGGAGGAAGGUUUUGAUGCAACAAGGUGGUUAGACAGGAACCUGAUUCGUCUAUGUUCCAAAUUUGGUGAUUAUCGGAAAGAUGAUCCAGCCUCAUUCACGUUAAAUCCCUGUUUUUCCUUGUUCCCACAAUUCAUGUUUAAUCUGCGGAGGUCACAGUUUGUCCAGGUGUUUAAUAAUAGUCCGGAUGAGACGGCCUAUUUCCGCAUUUUGUUGAACCGGGAGACUAUAAGCAAUGCUGCAGUCAUGAUUCAGCCAUCACUAAUAUCAUAUGCUUUUAAUUCAUUGCCUGCACCGGCUUUACUCGAUGUUCAAUCUAUUGCAGCUGAUCGCAUUCUCUUACUGGACUCGUACUUUAGUGUAGUUAUUUUUCAUGGAAUGACAAUAGCUCAAUGGAGGAACAUGGGCUACCAGAAUCAGCCAGAACAUCAGGGUUUCGCGCUGUUGUUACAAGCUCCACAUGAUGAUGCGCAAUUAAUAAUUCGCGACCGGUUUCCUGUACCAAGACUUGUCGUCUGCGAUCAGCAUGGCUCUCAGGCAAGAUUCCUGUUGGCAAAGUUGAACCCUUCAGCCACAUACAGCAAUGCACACGAGAUGAUGAAUUCUGGCUCAGAUGUGAUCUUUACCGAUGACGUCAGUCUACAAGUAUUUAUUGAUCAUCUUCAGAGGCUGGCAGUCCAAGCUUCUUGAGAAACUGAGACAGUUAUGAUAUCAUUUCCCAAGUGGUUUUUCUUGGAUUUUAUGGAAAUCUUGGAGUGAGUUAUGCCUCUUGUUCCCUCUGCAAAUCGAUUCCUUAUUGUCCUAAAAUUGCAAGAAUGAAGUCAAAUCCUUGUGCACUUUGAACAAUAAGGAAACACAGUAGCUAUUGCUUUGGGGCUGUGAGAGGUUUUUGCUUCAUUUGGAAGCUCAAUUCCUUUGUAACUUAAAAUAGUAUGGGAAAAAAAGGGUAUAAUUGUAAGGUAGAAAAGACAUUUUUUUUUUGCUUUGAGGGCAGGGUUUAUAAUUAGUAGUAUUUCCCCCUUAUUCUACAUUGUGUCUCUCUGCGUGGAACAUAAGACAUUUUUUGUUUUUGAAUUAAAAAUAUGCUGAGGUUAGAAAGCUAGGACUCGAGGUUCUUUGUUACAUUUUGAUUUGUAAUACAAUGAUAUGUUCCCCAACCCCUCUACCCCAAUCUAUGCCAGACUAGUUUAUUACCCUUGCAGACGGCAAUAAAUGUUUUCAAAGUUCACUUA